AUGCUGGAAGAAAAAUUAAGUUGUACUGAGCUCUGCAAGAAGGUCAAGCAAGACAUCGCCGCGGCGCUCUGGAAUACGCCUCCCACGGAAGUUGAACCCAGUCUCAAUUGCUACUUCAAGUACUAUGUUGAGCAAUGCGAAAUAAUUGCUCUUCAUGAAGGAGGAAUACAUGCAUCUGUCGAAACACAUCAAGAUAUCAUGACAAUAGCGCAGCUAGCGAAAGCGCCGCAAACCCCUGAUGAGAUUCGUUCGCAGGUUUGCAAAGGGAAUGGUGCCCACGACCACUCGAUCGACCUUGCAUCUCGACUAUUAACUAUGGUCGAGUUCGGCAAUCUCUCAUAUGCGUUCUCAGGCUCACGGAAGGUCGAAUGGCUGGAUGGAAGUCUGCAAGAUUUGCUAAAUGGGCUAUUUCGACCAGCGCCGGUUUUGGGCCAUCAGAAUGUUAAGCUGGACAAGAUCUUCAACGCUCUCAAUUUAGGCACGAUUGCGGGUAUCGAUAUUAUUUGGACGAACAAUCUUGCGGACCAUUUACGCUUGAUGAACGAUGAUAAGAGCGUGGCGAUUUUCCACCAUGCAUCUUUUAUCAAACGACAGCAAAGGGACUCGACACUAUACAGUCAAGAGUUUCUCAAUCAAACCUUGGAUACGAUGGCUCUACUCUUCCCAAAAUGGGAUAAAAAGAGCCGAGCAUGGUAUGAACACGAGGCAUCAGUGCGCGGUCUCGACUCAUACAUGAUCGAGGUUGGGCAAUUGACGGCCGAUAAGCGGCGACUUGAACAUUUCAGCUUCUGGCGAGAUCGUUUGGUCCUUCUGAAGCAAGUUUUCGAUGAGGCUGGACCGAAAAGCAUCUGGCAGUGGUGGCAUGAUCGGAGGAAUGGAGUACAGUGGUAUACAUUCUGGGUUGCGAUACUUGUUCUGAUUUUGACCGUUUUCUUUGGAUUGGUGCAGUCGAUUGAAGGGGCUUUGCAGGUUUACAAGGCGUUUCAUCCGAACUAG